CCCCGGGAUCCCGGGAGGACUGCCGGAGGAUGACCAUGGCCGGGGGCCGGCGGGGACUGGUGGCCCCGCAAAACACCUUUCUGGAGAACAUCGUCCGGCGGUCCAAUGAUACAAAUUUUGUGUUGGGGAAUGCCCAGAUAGUGGACUGGCCCAUUGUGUACAGCAAUGAUGGGUUCUGCAAGCUGUCUGGCUACCACAGGGCGGAAGUUAUGCAGAAGAGCAGUGCCUGCAGUUUUAUGUAUGGGGAGCUGACUGAUAAAGACACCAUUGAAAAGGUGCGCCAAACCUUUGAGAACUAUGAGAUGAACUCCUUUGAAAUUCUGAUGUACAAGAAGAACAGGACACCUGUGUGGUUCUUUGUGAAGAUCGCCCCUAUUCGGAACGAGCAGGAUAAAGUGGUUUUAUUUCUCUGCACUUUCAGUGACAUAACUGCGUUCAAGCAGCCAAUUGAGGAUGACUCGUGCAAAGGCUGGGGGAAGUUUGCUCGGCUGACCAGAGCUCUGACGAGCAGCAGGGGCGUCCUGCAGCAGCUGGCUCCCAGCGUGCAGAAGGGUGAGAACGUCCACAAGCACUCACGCCUGGCAGAGGUCCUGCAGCUGGGCUCAGACAUCCUUCCCCAGUACAAGCAAGAGGCACCAAAGACUCCCCCUCACAUUAUCUUACACUACUGUGUUUUCAAGACCACGUGGGAUUGGAUCAUCUUGAUCUUGACCUUCUACACAGCCAUCCUGGUCCCUUACAAUGUGUCCUUUAAAACCAGGCAGAACAACGUGGCCUGGCUGGUUGUGGACAGCAUCGUGGAUGUCAUCUUUCUGGUGGACAUUGUGCUGAAUUUUCAUACCACCUUUGUUGGACCAGCAGGGGAGGUGAUUUCUGACCCCAAACUUAUUCGCAUGAACUACCUGAAGACAUGGUUUGUGAUUGACCUUCUGUCCUGUUUGCCAUAUGACGUCAUCAACGCUUUUGAGAACGUGGAUGAGGUUAGUGCCUUUGUGGGUGAUCCAGGGAAGACUGGUUUUGCUGAUCAGAUUCCGCCACCCCUGGAGGGGAGAGAGAGUCAGGGCAUCAGCAGCCUGUUCAGCUCUUUGAAAGUUGUCCGGCUGCUCCGUCUUGGGCGAGUGGCCCGUAAGCUUGACCAUUACAUCGAGUACGGAGCUGCUGUGCUGGUCCUGCUGGUGUGUGUGUUUGGGCUGGCUGCUCACUGGAUGGCCUGCAUCUGGUACAGUAUUGGGGACUACGAGAUCUUUGAUGAGGACACCAAGACGAUUCGCAACAACAGCUGGCUGUACCAGCUGGCAAUGGACAUUGGCACUCCUUACCAGUUCAAUGGGUCUGGCUCAGGGAAGUGGGAAGGUGGGCCCAGCAAGAACUCCGUGUACAUCUCUUCGCUGUACUUCACCAUGACCAGCCUCACCAGCGUGGGCUUUGGAAACAUCGCUCCAUCCACGGACAUUGAGAAGAUCUUCGCGGUGGCCAUCAUGAUGAUAGGCUCUCUGCUAUAUGCCACCAUCUUUGGGAAUGUGACGACCAUUUUCCAGCAGAUGUAUGCCAACACCAACAGGUAUCAUGAGAUGCUCAACAGCGUGCGUGACUUCCUGAAGCUCUACCAGGUGCCCAAGGGGCUGAGUGAGCGCGUCAUGGACUACAUCGUGUCCACCUGGUCCAUGUCCAGAGGGAUCGACACGGAGAAGGUCUUGCAGAUAUGCCCCAAGGACAUGAGAGCUGACAUCUGCGUGCACCUGAACCGCAAGGUGUUCAAGGAACACCCAGCCUUCCGCCUGGCCAGUGACGGCUGCUUGCGGGCUCUGGCCAUGGAGUUCCAGACGGUGCACUGUGCCCCAGGGGACCUCAUCUACCAUGCAGGAGAGAGCGUGGACAGCCUCUGCUUUGUGGUCUCAGGCUCCCUGGAGGUGAUCCAGGAUGACGAGGUGGUGGCCAUCCUAGGGAAAGGAGAUGUGUUUGGAGAUGUGUUCUGGAAGGAAGCCACCCUUGCCCAGUCCUGUGCUAACGUUAGGGCCUUGACCUACUGUGACCUACAUGUGAUCAAGCGGGACGCCCUGCAGAAAGUGCUGGAAUUCUACACGGCCUUCUCCCACUCCUUCUCCCGCAACCUGAUUCUCACUUACAACCUGAGGAAGAGGAUCGUGUUCCGGAAGAUCAGCGACGUGAAGCGCGAGGAGGAGGAGCGGAUGAAGCGCAAGAACGAGGCGCCGCUCAUCCUGCCGCCCGACCACCCGGUGCGCAGGCUCUUCCAGCGGUUCCGCCAGCAGAAGGAGGCCCGGCUGGCGGCGGAGCGGGGCGGCCGCGAGCCCGACGAGCUGGACGUGGAGAAGGGCGGCCUGGCCGAGCGGGCCCCGGCCCACCUCGGCCUCGUGCGGGCCAGCGUGGUCACGGUGCGGGAGAGCCCGGCCACGCCCGUGUCCCUGCCGGCGCCCGGCCCCGGGGUGCAGGACCCCGGCCGGCUGCUCGCGCCCGCGCCCGCCUCCGAGGGCCCCCGGGGCGGCGGGGACGGCGGCAAGCGCCGAGGCUGGGCGCGCUGCCGCGACGCCGCGGGCGGGAAGGGCGAGGACUGGAGCCAGGUGGCCAAGGCCGAGUCCAUGGAGACGCUGCCCGACCGGAGCCAGGCCUCGGCGGGCGCCGCCACGCUCAAGAAGACCGACUCGUGUGACAGCGGCAUCACCAAGAGUGACCUGCGCCUGGACAACGUGGGUGAGACCAGGAGUCCCCAGGACCGGAGCCCCGUCUUGGCCGAGGCCAAACAUUCUUUCUACCCCAUCCCCGAGCAGACGCUGCAGGCCACGGUCCUGGAGGUGAAGCACGAGCUGAAGGAGGACAUCAAGGCCCUGAACGCCAAAAUGACCAGCAUCGAGAAGCAGCUGUCUGAGAUCCUCAGGCUGCUGACCGCCAGGAGACCCGUGCCGUCUCCGCAGGAGCUCUUGGACAUAUCGAGGCCCCAGUCCCCAGCAUCAGAGAGAGACAUCUUCGGAGCCAGCUGAGAGGUGGUCUGAAAACAAAACCCAACUGAUUAAAGACAAAGUCCUGCAACCCUGCCCUCGACUCCACCCCACCACACGCCCAUGUGACCAGCCGUUUUCAAAAGGCUUUUCCCCGACAGAAGAAGGGGACCAGUGGCUUUGAGGUGUGGAUGUUCACUCUUUCUCUGGAAAACGUUGGGGGCAUGGUCGGGAGCCCACCUGCAAGAUGGCAGCUGUGUCCUAAGUCUGCACAAUUCCGGAAGAAAGGGCAUGUUGUCUUAAGGGUGUUUUUCUUCGUUUUAAAUAUUUGUACCACUAUGAUAUUUGCAAAAUAUUUAAACCAAAAAAGAGUAGCAGCCCUGCGGGGGCUGGUGGGAGAGUGCGGAGAACCCUUGUGGAUAGACCCUGCUGGGUUUCCUCACUGAGAACCCCUGAAGACCAUGUCAGGCAUGGGGACUUCCCCACAUUCUGCAGCUGCGACUGACAGUCACCUGUUGUCCUACAGCCGCCAUGUGGAACAAGGUCAUAAGGAGAGCUUAAAGGACUGGGAGAAUGGAGGCUUUCAACUUCUGUCUCUGACGGUGGAGGGGGAAUGCAGGCAAGGCCUGUGCGCCCACCCGACGCGCAAAACAGGAUCUUCGGGUUCCCAUUCCCUUUCCUAGAAGAGGAUAGGGCUACAGAGAGCCCUGGGCUCUGAGGAGUCGGCUGCGUGGGCCACAGCCUGCCCCUGUGCAUGCAGCAGGGAAAGUUGGAGGUGCCAGGGGAUCCCUGCCCGGCUGUGUGCCCUGCAGGCCUCCCAGCACAGACUUCUUGGCUUCUUCCCACCACCCCCCACCUCUUUCUGAGUUUCCCUGGCUUUCCUCAGGGCGUGGCUCCGGGAAGAAGGGGCACGAGCCCAAAGUUACUUAACUAGCAAAGCAGACACACACACAACCUCAGAAAAAUGAUUGUAGCAAGUACUAUGUUUAUUAUUUGAUUAUCAUGGGGAUUUCUGUCCACUGUACGGGAUCAUUAGAGGACAUAUGAGAGCCACACUUGGCCUUAUUUGAAAGCCAACCUGUUUCCUACUGAACAACAACAAAAAUGAUGGCAGGACCAUGAUCAUACUCUUUUCAGGAACUGGCAAAAAAGAAUGAAGCCCUGGUUUUCAAGACAUCUCAGUAAGAAGAUAGGAAAGGUGUUCCAGGAGGGAGGCUGAGCUCUGAGCCAUGAUUACAGAGCACUCUGGGCCAUCCAAGUCUCCAUAGCAUGAUGCUCAGGGACCCUUACUGCCUCAGUUACCUGGGAUCAGGUUGCUGGAGAGCUUGGAUUUCACAGGGUGACAUCGGAGAUAGGAAAGAGGAGUGGUUCCAGUGUAGCCCAAGGACACACUGGAAGCUCAGCUCCCACAGUCAGCUUUGAGGGGAAGGGUGGUUAAGAGUGCAGGUGACAGAAUGCACUUGUCCAAUCCUCUGAUCUGUGGUGACCCUGUCACUGGCACCUCCGGCUGGCAUUGGUUUCUGUCAAGAUUCGGAACCCCAGCAUCCCUAAGGAACUGUCAGGUCAAGACCUGCCCGACCAAAGAUUCUGUGUUCUGAGCCUCUUGUCUAGGGCCUUCCACCUUGGCCCCCUUUUGUUCUGCUCAGUGACUACAGUGUGUCCUGAAACUUGGCCCAUGGUUGUCUGUACCAGUUGCAUGGCCCUGGGAGGUUGAAGGUAUGCACAUUCAUAGGUUUUUGUAGAUGACCCCUGGCAUCCUCGGACUUAGACACUUUGAUUUUAUUUUGAAUGGUAGCACACAGGAUCCUGUUCACGACCCUUGGUAAAGUCAGGGCCUUCAGCCUCUUUACAUAAACUGCUGCCAUCUGGCUCUUGAGGAAGAGGUAGUAAAAUAUCUAUUAACCUGUCUGCCAGCUCUUCCCCACACAUUCCAGGCAGCCCUUCCUCUAACAUACUUGUUGCCUGCUUGUAAAGUUUAGGAGCCACUAUUCUUAAGGUAUGGCAGGGCAUCCACUCCUAGAGAAUUUUCUAGAACUUGAUGGGCCCACUUAGCCCCUCACCAGCCAGUAGAUAGAGGCCCUGCUGCUCCCUGCCAGCUCUUACCUGUGCCUGAGAGAUGCUCAAGAGGCUGGGAAGCCCCUUGCCUGGGGAGACAUGAAGCUCAGGUAAAACUGAGGUCAAUGCAAAUAGGGCUAAUGACAGGAAGUUCAGACCCUUCAGGGGUCUCUGCUCAUCUCUGGGUUGCAGGGCCCACAAGAGUUCCCUGAUAGUGAAAAACACUAUAAAAGUGGCUUUUAUUCUUCUCCCUUUAAGUAUUUUUAGGAAGUUGUUGUUAUAGUUGUUUUCUCUGAAAAAAAAAUUACAUGAACCAACUCAUCUCUCCUUUCCUUCUAUGAUAUGCACUGGGCCAAAGACUGCUUUGUGCCAACUACCUAGGCUUGCAAGGACUUGUCAAAGGUCCCAAGCAAGGACCACAAACUUCAGAUAUUGCUGGCCUGUCACUUCCUGUAUUAAUCAUUCACUAUCCAGUGGCUGAGGAGUUGGGAGAUACUAGUUGCUAGACAUUUAAAACAGAGUUGCAAAAAAUUAUGCCAGAAUAUAGAGAUGUUUUCCUUUUGGACAUGCAUGUGACGUGUUGCAUCGUUGUCAGUUCAUGCUGGUCAUGUGGUCUCUUUCUCAACUCCUCACAAGAACCAUCCAUAGGGAAGUCCCUUUUUGCAGUGGCUAUCCUAACAGGCUGCUUUGAAGACAGGCGGCCCACUAUCACUUGAUUGUUGUUGGGCCCACUACUCCCCACCGAGGGAGUAGGGAGUGCAGAAUAGGUAUAAGAAACAAGAUGGCCAAUGAGACACUGUGCUGUUUUGGGUAGGUAAACUGACUCCGUCAGUGCAUGCUGCUGUUCCAUACCCUGAGAGGGUUCCUCUGCUGGGCACAGCCAGACAGCUGCAGGAGAGAAAGAAGGUGGUUUUUGAGAAGCUCAGGUCUGGUGCCCAAUUAGUGAAACAUCUUCACCACAUUACUGCUGCAGCAGAGUGGGUUUGGAAGCCGCGCCUGUUUCUGCAGCCUCUCUUUUGCAUGCAGUGCCUCUGUCAAGCUCAGAGCCUUGCACAUGCUAGGCAAGCCCCCCCUCGCUGAGCUCGGCCUCCAGCCCCCCAGCAAACUUUUGCAAACACACUUCACACUUUGAUUUCUUGAUGUCUGGUUCCUGGGGCCUGUUUUACCCAGUCUUCACCUUUGCACUGCAUCCUCUGUGUUGCUUUUGGCCUCACCUCAGCCCUUUUCUUAGAAUCUUGCUUUUUCAAAAGUGAAGAAAAUGUUCAAGGAAUAAAAAUACCCUCCACCCCUACCUUGUGCCCACAGCAAGCUUUGGCUUCUGAGCCCUUAUGUGGGAGAUGAGAGUAUUAAGUCAAGUGUCAUAUGUGGCCAGAUUAGGGUGGGGACAAAGCAAACUUUUUAGGAAUCCCAGCUGGAGGCAGACUCUCCUCCUGUUACCUAAUGUCUCACAGGCAUAUUCUGAGACACCACAGGAGCCCUGGUAUAGAUGCAAGAUUCUGAUGUGAAUUUGGAAAUCAGGUUAUGCUAUGUUUUGCAAUUAAGAGUUUAGCCUUAAGACCCUUGAAUGGAACUGCAGUUGCGAUGGAAAUGCCAUCGCCCAUUCCUCCCUCCUCCCCUAAUGUUGCUUGGGAUGGAGGGCCCUCCUGCCCCUGGAUGGCCUCUCCUACCUAAUGUCACAAAGUAAUUUUUAUUGCUUCACAUAUUGCCUUCUUACUUGCUCGUGUCAGUAAAAAGUCCCUUCACCAGCCCCAUGUGCUCCACCUGGAAAAUCCUUCUCUGUCCCUGGGCACUUAACGUAGAUGUACAGAAAGUAUUGUUUCCUCACCGAAGCUGAUGGUGUGGAGAGGCUGUAGUUGUCACUCCCCCACACAAGAGCCAAUGUGAAUUUAUCUACAGCUUGAAUCUGUUCUGUAUGAAAUUUCACUCUCAUGGUAGUGAUUACCCACUCUGGAAACUAAAACAGGACUUGAAUCCCCUGCAGGUUGGGGACCUGUUGAGGGGCCUUCUCCAUCUGCCACUCAGCUUUUCUUAGAACCAUUGUCUCUUCUUUCUGAGUCAUCUGACAGACACAUGAGUUAUUCGAGAAGUCCACAGAUCCUGUAUCAGGAGAUGAAACACCCUUCCCGUGAAUGUAUUCUCUUAAUAUUCAGACACUGUAUUCAUGCAUCAGUUGGAGACUGUCCACAUCCAAACUCCAUUGCAAGGACACUUCAUCACUCUGGGGCUUCUCCUGUGAACACUUGCCAUUGAAUCCUGCCAAAUCCUUGAUUGGGUUUUUCUUUUUCCUUUGCAUCUGUCACUUUGUCCAAAUGAGCAUGAAUAAACAGAAGUGGAAAUGAGCCGAGGCUAUUUUUGUGGUCAGCUGAGGAUGCUAUUGGGAGCUCCACUGUUUGUCCACUAUGGCUUGGGGACAUGAAGUGGAGCAUAUGGGCCUCUGCGGAUGAGACUCCAUUAUCAACAUUUUUAAACAAGCACAAAUGAUCUUUGUAAAAAAAGUUUAUUUAUUAUGGUAAUAAACUAUUUUAUAUGUGA